UGGAUGAGUGAGCACCGAGGUAGAUUAGGCUUGGCUGACCAAGCUAUUUAUGUCCAUAUUUAUUUUUGUGUUGGCUCUCUCAGAAGACAAGUGACGUAGCGUUGUGGACAGUGUGGUGCCUCUCUGCUGUGGGUUUUACAGUGAGCGUGUGGUAGAAGGUGCAGCCACUCAGUACAAGGCCUGCUGUAGGGAUAAAAGCUGGACAGAAGGGGAGUGCUGGAAAAGGGAAAUCUCACGCACUUCCUGUUUCGCUGUAGUGAAGAACGAGUCUUCUUGCUUGGGCCGGUUUAUCUUCUCACUCCAUCUCUGCCUGGGGAGCUCUUUGAUGCGGAGCUGAUCGGAAGGUUACAGUCUCCUUAUCAACUCCAUGCUUACCUCUGUUUGUUUUUAUUCUGAAGUUCGUUCCCUCAUUUUGCAAUAACCCACAGGGUGCUGGGUGUUGCGCCAGCUGUGCCUCAAUGAAGGAUCUUCAUUCAACACCUUUCCCUUCCCGUCACACCAGUCAAUGCGACUCCUGCGUUUUCCAGCACCAUUCGCUGCGCAGUCCAGACUUUAGUCAAGCCUUCGUUGGUGGUCAGAAAGGCUACCAGGCCUACCGGGACCUACCAUGGGAUCUUCAAAAAAUUCAUCAGUCAGCCAUCAAAACAAGACAUCUCGAGCCCUGGAAAAUUGCUGUAAUUGUUAUUGGAACAGCAGUGGCAGCAGCUAUCACCAUUGGUCUCCUUGUUUAUUUUCUGGCAUAUGAUCAGAAGCUGUUCUAUUACAGCGCCAAUGUAAAAAUCACCAACAUCCGGUACAAUAAUGAAUUUUCCAGACAGUCCUCAGGAAGGUUUAGAGACCUGAGCGAGAGGGUUGAGAGACUGAUCGACAAGACAUUUUACAAUUCCAUUUUAAGGAAAAAAUACAUCCGUUCACGCUUAAUCAGAGUGAGCCCAGAUGCUGAUGGUGUGACGGCAGAGGCUUUGCUCACAUUCUGGUUCUCCUCCACGGAUUCUAGAGAAGCAUUGCGGGAAAGAGUUGGAAAGAUCUUACGGAGAGGCCUGAAAAAAUACACAGGCCCUCUGCGAAUAAAUGUCAGAUCUUCUACCGUCUCAAAUGUGGAGCCAAAAAGAGCAGAAGCCAUCUUCAACGACAUCUGUGGGUUACGGCAGAAUAGAUCAGUCAAGUCAAUGGCAAAAUCCUCAUCGCUGAGAAUCGUUGGUGGAUUGUCUUCUGCAGAGACCGGGGAUUGGCCGUGGCAGGCCAGCUUGCAGUACAAUAACAUCCAUCGCUGUGGUGCCACACUCAUCAGCAACACCUGGCUGGUAUCUGCAGCUCACUGCUUCAGAGACAUGACUCACCCUCAGAAGUGGACUGCUACUUUUGGAGCUCUUCUGAAGCCACCAAGCUUGAAGCGCUCAGUCAAGACAAUUAUUAUUCAUGAGAAGUACCUCUACCCAGAACAUGACUAUGACAUUGCACUUGUGCAGCUCUCCAACCGAGUUGAGUUCACGAGCAGCAUACACCGUGUCUGUCUGCCUGAGCCAUCUCAGACUUUUCCCUACAAUAUUUACGCUGUCAUCACAGGCUGGGGAGCUCUUACCAACGACGGUCCAGCCCCAAAUGCUCUUCAGGAGGCAACAGUGAAACUUAUUGACUCAGACACUUGCAACAGAGAAGAAGUGUAUGAUGGGGACAUAACACCCAGGAUGUUGUGUGCAGGAUACUUGGAAGGAGGAGUAGAUGCUUGUCAGGGGGACUCUGGGGGACCACUGGUUACUCCAGACUCUAGACUGAUGUGGUACCUCGUGGGAAUAGUGAGCUGGGGAGAUGAAUGUGCCAAACCAAAUAAACCUGGAGUUUACACACGAGUGACUUAUUUCCGUGACUGGAUUACUACAAAAACGGGCAUCUAAUUCCAAAGGAAAAAAUGGAUUUAACUACAUAGACUACAUGUAACUUGUAUUUGUCUGUAAUUCUGAAAGGUUAUUUUUUUAGUCGAUAUAUUCCUAUGUAAUUUUGGUUGAAGCAACCUUAGCCCACAGCAAGCAGUAUCUUUGCUGUCAGAGAUCCUAACCCUUCUGAAUUCAUGCUAAAUGUAUGAAAUUGUCUGCCUCAUCUUUGAGCCGUGAAACUUUCUCCCUUACCAGAAAUUAUGAACUGACAUAAUUAAAAUUACUUUAAAAGCUA